AUGGCUCGAUUCCACAUCCAUCCCACUUCGACCGUCGGUGAACUGGCAACCAGACAGGUCCUGGAUUUGACUGGUGCAUUGUCAAAUAUGAAGAUCGAAAACGACUUGAAGCGAGAGAUUCUCGAUAACAUCAAGAGACUGAAGACUACUGGAACAUACCGAGGAAGAAGACAUGCUCUCAACCUCCCAGUUAGAGGACAGAACACCAGAAGCCAGGUAUGUGACGUUGAAGUCAAUUCAAUCUGGGUAAUCAUCACUAACUCUUGA